GUAUAGGUGAAAAUGUUGAACCAUCAGUGAUUGAAGAAGCUGCAAUGAGAAGUAGUCUAAUUCAACAAAUUGUUGUCAUUGGCCAGGAUCAACGACGUCUAGGAGCUAUUAUUGUGCCAAACAAAGAAGAGGUUAUUUUGGCAGCUAAGAAGUUGUCUAUCUUGGAUUCUGAUGCUUCUGAACUCAGCAAGGAUAAGAUGACUAGCUUGUUAUAUGAAGAGUUACGGAGUUGGACAUCCGAAUGCCCAUUUCACGUUGGACCAAUCAUCAUUGCUGAUGAACCAUUUACGAUUGAUGCUGGUCUAAUGACUCCAACCAUGAAAGUGAAGCGAGACAAAGUUGUAGCUGAAUACCAGGAACAAAUACAGAAUAUAUACAAGUGACAUCCUACCCAUAGAGUUGGAAGAACCAUUGGUCUGCAUUUACCUGUACGCAGAACUUGAAUUUGUUUUUUGAGUGUGAAAGUCUAGUCAUAUUUCGUGUUAUAAUGAUAGUGCCAGAUUUUCCAAAAUGACAACUCUGUAGACUGUAGACAGAUGAUUUUGGAUUGCAAUAUCAGCUGCUAUAGCCUUAAAUAAAA